CCAGUUGUUCGCUAUCACGUGUGUUCUCUUGCGCUGCUCUUGCGCUGUGGUAACAUAUCGGCGGCUGCUCGUAUUUCGGCUUCUUCGUCGGCAUCGUUUUCUUGCUCGGACGAUUUUUUCAAUGUGAACGCGCAAAUACGCCGUUACCCCGCCGCGUCGGGAUUCAAAUGAAGGAAAAUGGCAGCGGAGGACGUGGAAGAAGGAUCUUCUCCACCGACGCUGGAGGCGGACUGCGUGUACGUGCAGAUGAAGAAGCAGUACCGCGUGUCGAGGUACAUCAGGGCACACUGGUUCGUCAACCAGAUCGGCAAAGUCAUCCAACUCAAGCGUCCCAGCGAGAGUGAUCUCGUAGAGGAGGUUGAGGUUCUGUCAGCUCUUCCGAGGGACAAGCCAACCGGAUGGCGACCGGAUAGGUCGCACGAGUUUGCUUAUCUUGUGACACCGGCUACCAAGGUCACUUUCCUUGCCAAGAAGUACCGCUUUGUCUUCUGUCUCGACCUCAGUGUCUCUAUUGCAAAUGUGGACAUACAGAGUGAGACAUUCCUGUUUGACGAAGUGCUUUGCAACGCUUUCAAAAUGUGUCGAGAAGCUUGUAAAGCCUUUCAAUGUUCCUGGGAGCUGUGUGGUUUUUCAGCCCGACAUCUAUGUCACCGUCAUCGCAUAUAUCCCCCACUACACCCCAUCGGUGCAACAGGUCCUGAUUCAAGGAUGGCCGUUGACGCCCGACAACUGUGCCCUGUUCUUGAGCAAGGUGUCGGCUGGACUGAGUGAGAUCUGCAUUGUCCUAGCGGAAGCGACAGCAGGCGUUGCGGAACUCCAUGACCACCUUAGACUCCAGUCCGAGAAGCUGACCGGUGGCCUGUUUGAAGAAAGUGAUGAGCAGGCAUGCACCACACCGCUGGUCAACAUGGUGUCUUCGGACGUGAGCACGCUGAGCAUGCUCCGGUAUGGCAUGCUGGCCCUGCAGCUACUGCCGGAAAACAGC